AUUUUCGAAAGCGACAUCUACCGUAAACAAUACAACGUGAUGACUAUUCCAUCAACAGAUAAAAACUACCUUGAAGUGGUAAGUGAGAAGAAAUUUUACAAAAAAAAGCUACAAUUAGAUCAAAGUGUUUAUGAGAUAGAGAAAAUUCUCAUAAAUUACAUUUUUUAUAAUAAAAUGUACAAUUUUCACUUAAUUCCCCGUUUAUCGCUCUUUUACUUCCAUUAGUUACUCACGAAUAAAGAUGAUGAAACUUGUAAAACGUUUGUUUUUCACGAAGAAAAUCAUACUCUUGGAAACUCUCUUCGAUGGAUAAUAAUGAAAAAUCCGAAAGUCGACCUAUGCGGCUAUAGUGUUCCUCAUCCAUCUGAACAGAAAAUAAACUUUCGUAUUCAAACUAAAGGUGAAGAAGCUGCCGUUGUUCUUCGAGAAGGUCUUCAAGAUUUAAGCAAUUUAUGCGAGCACGCCUUAAAUACAUUUAAGUCUAAAUAUAAGGAACAUGAAAACAAAAAAACAGAAAAUAUGGACGUCUCUUAA